UUUCUGAAAAUAAGGGAUUCAAAUUCAGAUCUUUCACUGCAUAUUAAACUCUUUGAAGUCAUUUCCUCUAAUGAACCCUGAGAUUUUCUACAUGAUUUGGAUCAAUGGUGAUGGAUUCUCAUUGUAGAAUUGACAGAGAUGAAAUAACGGCUGCUGUGAAGUUGCAGAAAGUUUACAGGAGUUAUCGUACCAGACGUAGGCUAGCGGAUUCAGCUGUGGUUGCUGAAGAGCUAUGGUGGCAAGCUAUAGAUUAUGCAAGACUGAAUCACAGCACUAUUUCAUUCUUUGAUUAUCAUAAAUCUGAAACAGUUGCUUCAAGGUGGAGCCGGAUCAGCCUGAUUGCUUCAAAGGUUGGGAAGGGUUUAUGCAAGGAUUCCAAGGCAAAAAAAUUGGCUUUCCAAUAUUGGAUUGAAGCUAUUGAUCCAAGACAUCGCUAUGGUCAUAAUCUCAACUUUUACUAUGAAGAGUGGCGUAGCGGGGAUGCAGAGCAGCCAUUUUUCUACUGGCUAGAUAUUGGAGAUGGAAAAGACAUUAAUCUCACAGAUUGCCCAAGAUCAAGGCUGCAACAAGAAUGCAUUAAAUAUCUCGGACCGCAAGAGAGAGAAUGCUAUGAAUAUAACAUUGCUGAAGGAACGCUGAUGCACAAAAAAACAGGCAAUCUCCUUGAUACCAAGCAAGGAGUGCAAAGCUCGAAAUGGAUUUUCAUAAUGAGUACCUCUAGAAAAAUUUACAUUGGUGAGAAAAAGAAGGGAUCAUUUCAUCAUUCCAGCUUCCUUGCAGGAGGAGCUACCUUGGCUGCUGGAAGACUUGAGGCACAAUGCGGAAGGCUCAAGUCUGUAUCAGCAUUCAGUGGACAUUACCGCCCAACUGAUGAGAACCUUGGCAGCUUCCUCACCUUCCUUGGGGAGAAUGGAGUCAGUCUUGAUGAAGUUCAGAUAAUUUCAACCAUGGAAGAUUGUGAGAACAAUGAUAUUAGCACUACUGCUCAAGAAGAAAGUACAUUUGAACAAACAACAGCUUUUGAACCAACUGCACUUCAUGAUCCUAGUUUUAGAAGAACCUUAUCGCACGGUCUCCAGAGCCCAAGAACAAAUCUUCCCAAAAGAGAGAUAUUACAGAGGAUCAAUUUGAAGAACAAAGCAACUUCCUACCAAUUAGGGCAUCAAAUAUCUUUGAAAUGGUCAACAGGAGCAGGCCCAAGAAUUGGGUGUGUUGCUGACUACCCUGCGAAGUUGAGGGUACAAGCACUGAGUUUGUUAACCUCUCACCAAUAG